UUACUUUCUUUCCUGUGUCUGCAAAAUAAAGUGGGUCCCAACUGCGCAACAAUGCCCUUCCCCCCAUGAAUGAGAAAAUAGGGUGGGACCCCAAGAAUGGGAACUUUGUUCAACACUGAGAAGUUGAGAGUGAAACUUUCGUGCUAGUACUGUGAGUUUGUGUGUAAAAGGCACAGCAGCAAAGAGCAGCCUUCAGAACUGGCACAAGGUUUUGAGGACCUGAAAUCAUGCCAACCCGAAUGAUAACACUGCUAGAAGCCUGGAAGAGGAACAGAGCCUUUCCAAGGAAGAAAGCUAAAGACCUGAAAAUAUGUCCUCGUUUGCUCCCACUGCUCAGAGACCCGGGUGUGGUGGCAUCACUGGCCAAGCAGAAUGCCAAGAUGGUCACCCUGCUACCUCCCACAGGCACCCCAGUGUUCCGCCAAUUCACCCCUGAGUCGCUGACGGAGAUCGACAGGCGGAUUGAAGAGGAAGCAAAGGAGCAGGACAGGAAGUUAGCUCUGAACAUCGAGGUAGCAGAAGAAGACCCGCCGAAGCCAUCCGCUGAUCUGGAGGCCGGAAAGGCCCUGCCAUUUAUUUAUGGAGAUCCACCAGCUGAGCUUCUCAACACACCUCUGGAGGAACUGGAUCCAUUCUACAAAUCACGCAAAACCUUUAUUGUCAUCACCAAGGGGAAUACAAUCUUCAGGUUCAAUGCUGCACCGGCCUGCUACAUCCUGUCGCCCUUCAAUCUUCUAAGGAGAGGAGCCAUCAAGAUUCUUAUACAUUCGUUGUUUAGCAUGUUCAUCAAGUUAACACUCCUGGCCAACUGUAUGUUCAUGACGAUGAGUGACCUUCCUGAAUGGUAUAAAACUGUUGAAUAUGUCUUCAUUGGGAUCUAUACCUUUGAGGCAGCCAUUAAAGUCUUGUCCAGAGGCUUCUGCGUUGGGCAAUUUGCAUUCCUUCGAGAUCCGUGGAACUGGCUGGAUUUCAUGGUGAUAAGCAUGGCGUUCAUCACUGAGUUUUUUGACCUGGGCAACAUAUCGGUCUUCAAGACGUUCAUUGUGGUCCGAAUCCUUAAAAUAAUCCCUCUAGUUUCUGGUCUUAAAAACAUUGUGGGUUCUCUGAUCCAGUCAGUGAAGAAGCUGGCUGAUGCGAUGUUGAUAACUUCGUUCUGCUUGGCUGUGUUCGCCCUGGUCGGACUGCAAAUGUUCAUGGGAAAUCUACAGCAGAAGUGUGUUAGAUUUUCUUUAAAUACCACAAUGUACAUAGGCAAUGACACAUGGGACUACAAUGAGCACAUCAACAAUGAAGUAAACUACUACUACUUCCCAGGGAUGAAGGACCCUCUACUUUGUGGAAAUUCUUCUGAUGCAGGAGAAUGUCCGUCAGGAUACACAUGUAUAAAGGCUGGUCGAAAUCCCAACUAUGGAUACACAAACUAUGACAGUUUUGGAUGGGCCUACCUCUCCCUGUUUCAACUCAUGACAAAGGAUUUCUGGGAAAAUCUUCUCCAGCUGACUCUUCGCUCGGCAGGGAAAACCUACAUGAUCUUCUUUGUGGUGGUGAUCUUCCUGGGUUCGUUCUACCUGAUCAACCUCAUCCUGGCUGUGGUGGCCAUGGCUUAUGCAGAGCAGAACGAGGCCACUAUGGCCGAGGCAAAAGAGAAGGAGGCGGAGUAUGCCAGGAUCAUGGAGCAACUGAUGGAACGGAAAAAGGCGGAGUGUUCUGCUGUGCUGAGGAGGCCCAGUGAAGACCAAGAGAGUAAAGAACAGAUGAAAGUUACAGGCCAGCAGAAGAAGACACCCAUUUCAACCAGAGUCUACAACCAAGAUGACAUGGAUGAUAUGGAGGUGGAUCCGAAGCCCUGCUCCCCUUGCUGGUACAAGUUUUCAGACAUCUUCUUGAAAUGGAACUGCUGUGUGCCUUGGGUGACCUUCAAGAGGUGGAUGUACCUCAUAGUGAUGGACCCAUUCGUGGACCUGGGCAUCACAAUAUGUAUCAUUCUCAACACAAUUUUCCUUGCCCUAGAACAUUACCCAAUGACAGCAGAGUUUGAGGAGGUCCUGAGCUUUGGGAACUUGGUUUUCAUUGGGAUCUACACUGCAGAGAUGGUGCUGAAAGUAAUUGCCUUGGAUCCAUAUUACUACUUCCAGAGUGGGUGGAACAUCUUGGACAGCAUCAUUGUGGCCCUGUGCUUGAUUGAGCUGCUGUUGGCUGAUUUUGAGGGUCUGUCUGUGCUCCGAACCUUCCGUCUGAUGCGUGUUUUCAAGACUUCCAUAUUCUGGCCUGCAUUCAAGAGGAUGCUAAAGAUCACCAGUAACUCCAUGAGGGCCCUGGGGAAUCACACCUUGCUCCUGGUCAUCAUCGUCAUUUUCUUUUCUAUAUUGGGCAUGCAACUGUUUGGGAAGAGCUAUGCAGAUGAAGUGUGUAAGAUCUCUGAAGACUGCACACUGCCUCGGUGGCACAUGCAUGACUUCUUCCAUGCUUUCCUCAUCAUCUUCCGGGUGCUGUGUGGCGAGUGGAUCGAGACCAUGUGGGACUGCAUGGAGGUGGCCGGCCAGGGCAGGUGUCUCAUCUUCUACCUGAUGGUCAUAGUCAUUGGUAACCUAGUGCUGUUGAACCUCUUCAUGGCCUUGCUGCUGAGCUCCUUCAGGGGGGAAAACAUGGUGGAUCUGGAGGGGGACAGGGAGAGGAGCAACCUGCACAUUGCAGUCAGGAGGAUCACCAAGGGCUUGAACUGGACCAAAGUCUACAUCAUUAAACAGUUCCAGAUUAUUGUCGGGAAGCAGAAGAAAGAAAAUGGUGAUCACGACGAACACGGCUUUGAUAAGGAUGUUAAAGACCAUACCGAGUUAAAGCAGUUAGCGGUGGACAAUGGCUCUUCAAUCUGCGUCACAGGGGUCAAUCAUUCUGAAGUGAUGGAAAAGGAGGAAGAGGUAGACCCCACCAGCCUGGAGAACUGCUGGACCGAGAAAUGCAUCGGUCGAUGUCCAUGCCUUGACUUUGACAUCACCACGGGAAAAGGAAAGAUUUGGUGGAACUUCCGGAAAACAUGUUUUCUCAUUGUGGAGCACAGCUACUUCAAGACUUUCAUCCUUUUCAUGAUUCUGAUGAGUAGUGGAGCUCUGGUGUUUGAAGACAUACACUUUGAACAACGCAGGACCUUGAAAAUCAUCCUGGAAUAUGCUGAUCAAGUCUUCACCUGUGUGUUUGUUUUUGAGAUGCUACUUAAGUGGGCAGCUUAUGGGUUCAAGACCUACUUCACAAAUGCAUGGUGCUGGCUGGACUUCCUGAUUUUGGAUGUGUCUUUGGUCAACUUAAUGGCAAACAUCUUGGGCUACUCUGACCUUCGACCAUUAAGGGCAUUUCUUCCCCUCCGAGCCUUGUCCAGAUUUGACGGAAUAAAGGUUGUAGUGAAUGUUCUGGUGGGGGCCAUUCCUUCCAUCUUUAGCGUUUUCCUGGUUUGCCUCAUUUUCUGGCUCAUCUUCAGCAUCAUUGGAGUCAAUAUGUUUGCUGGGAAAUUCUAUCGCUGCUUCAACAUGACCUCUGAGGAGAGGUUUCCAGCUGACAUUGUAAAUAACAAGACUGAAUGUUUUGAACUAAUAGCGCAGAAUGACAAUGUGCGCUGGAUGAACGCCAAGGUCAACUAUGACAACGUGGGCAUGGGAUACCUUUCCCUCCUCCAAAUUGCAACAUUUAAAGGAUGGUUGAACAUAAUGUAUGAUGCUGUGGAUUCACGUAGGAUUGAAGAUCAGCCCAUAUAUGAGGAUAAUCUUUUCAUCUACAACUACUUUGUCAUAUUCAUCUUCUUUGGGGUCUUCAUCAACCUGAUUCUAUUCAUUGGUGUCUUAAUUGACAACUAUAAUCAACAGAAAAAAAAGUUAGGAGGUAAAAAUAUCUUAAUGACAGAGGAACAAAAUAAAAACUACAAUGCCAUGAAGAAGCUCACCAAGAAACCACAGAAGCCUGUGCCUAGACCAACGAACAAAAUCGCAGGCCUCAUUUUCAACCUGAUCUCCCAACCAUUCUUUGACCUCUUCAUCAUGGUGCUGAUCUGCCUGAGCUUGGUGACGAUGAUGGUGGAGACGUAUGACCAGAGCCUGGAGGCGGAGGAAAUCCUAUAUUGGAUCAACUUUGGGUUCAUCAUCAUCUUCAUUAUUGAGUGUAUCAUCAAGCUGAUUGGACUACGACGGUUCUAUUUCUCUGAUGGAUUGAAUAUUGUGGAUUUUCUUGUCAUCAUUCUUUCUGUUGUUGGUAUUUUUCUGUCAGAAAUCAUAGAGAAAUAUUUUUUCUCACCUAUCAUAUUCCGUGUGAUAAGACUGGCCAGGAUUGGUCGGGUUCUGAGACUCACCCGAGCUACUAAAGGCAUCCAGUCGAUGUUGUUUGCCCUGAGGAUGUCACUUCCUGCUGUCUUCAACAUUGGACAGCUGCUUUUCCUUAUCAUGUUUUUCUUCUCUAUUUUGGGAAUGUUUAACUUUGCCUACGUGAAAAGGGAGGCUGGGAUAGACGAUAUGUUCAAUUUUGAAACUUUUGGCAACAGUAUCAUAUGUCUUUUCACAAUUUCAACAACAGCCGGUUGGGAUAGUUUUCUCUUACCCAUUCUAAACAGACCUCCAGACUGUGACCCAGUUAUGGAUAAUCCCGGCACAGAUACGCUAGGAAACUGCAGCGAUCCUGUAUUCGGCCUACUUUUUUUCUGCAGCUACAUCACAUUAUGUAUCCUGCUUUGGGUCUACAUGUCCAUUUCUGUUAUCCUCGAGAACUUCAAUGUGGCCGUGGAGGAAACCAGUGACCCACUUUGUGAGGAUGACUUUGAGAUGUUCAACAAGACCUGGGAGAAGUUCGACCCUGAAGCUUCACAGUUCAUCUCCUACAACAUUUUGUCAGAGUUCUGUGACACGCUGAAACACCCGCUCAGGAUCCCCAAACCAAACACAAUCAAGCUGAUCUGCAUGGACCUCCCCCUGGUCCCUGGGGAUAAGAUCCACUGUCUGGACAUUCUUCUGGCUUUGACUAAGGAGGUGCUGGGAGAGUCGGGGGAGAUGGACACCACAAAACAAAGAAUUGAGGAGAGGUUCAGAGCCAACUACUCCUCUAAAGUCUCAUACGUGCCAAUCACAACCACCCUGAGGCGAAAACAGGAAGAGGUAGCUUCUGCUGUUAUCCAGAGAGCGUAUCGUAGGCACCUACUGAGACACAAAGUGAAACUUGCUUCUUGCAAGGUCAAUGAGAAGACCGAGUUAAUCAAGAAGGUUGAUGCACUGCCAGAAAAAAAGGGCCUGAUAGCCAUCAAGAUAAGCAAAGCGCAUGGAAGCCAACAAUCCUUGGAAGGGGAUGAAACUAUUGUCAAUAUGGGUUCUUAAGAAGAAAAAUGGACAGAACUAAGGCAGAAAACUUUCUAAGCAAACUACUACAGAUCCACCACCUCUGGAUAUUUAGAGUGAAAUCGUCUUAUGCCCCAUCGUCAUCCAUGCCUCAACCUGUGAUUCUCUGCUGAUGGAGUCUGAUGUUUGAAUAACUUGUGCAACCAUCUGAUAGCAACUGCAUCAUCACGUCUGUUUUUAAAAACGACAUCACCUUUGGCAUUUAUGGGUCACAGACAACACACUGAUCUAAGAGACUGUGCCAAAGUGUAAUGAAUGAAACAGUCAAUUUGAUUUACAGAGAACAAGUAUGUGGAGAACAAGUAUUUGAUACACUGCCGAUUUUGCAGGUUUUCCCACUCACAAAGCAUGUAGAAGUCAGUAAUUUUUAUUAUAGGUACUCUUCAACUGUGAGUGACGGAAUCUAAAACAAAAAUACAUUUUUUUAAAAGAUUUUUAAGUAAUUAAUUAGCAUUUUACUGCAUCAACUUGUGUAACAGCCAUACAUGUUCUAUAUACUGUUACGAGACCAUUUUGAUGUACCAUUUUGGUUCCAUCAUUUCAAAAUGUUUAUAUAUAUAUAUAUAUAUAUAUAUAUUGCUAAAAACAUAUUGAAAUUCACUCACCUAA